AUAGGAAGACGCGACUGUGUCCAAGAAGCGAGACAACAAUAUAUAGUUCUGUCUCUUUUCAUUACUUUUCCUCGAAAUGCGCAUGCGCGGUCGGAGUGAGAUUGUGUUAUGUACAUAUAUUGUACAUUUUGGUUGUGUAUGUACGUUGAUAUAAAUCGAGUCAGGUUAUAUUAAAGUUUAGCGACAAAAUCAAGCGUCAGUUUUUGCCUGUGCUAAUUUGUGCUGUGCCUGAUAGAAAAACAAAUUAGAAAAAGAAAAAUGGGAGUGUAUUGUCUGCUGUGCGGCAAUCGAAACAAAACCGUUUCAUAUCACCGGUUUCCGAAAAAUAAGCAAGAUCGAGAAAAAUGGCUAUCCUUCUGUGGAAUCAAGGAGCAGGAUCUUAAUACCGCUACCUUCCUAUGUUCCAAUCAUUUUAAGGAAGAAGAUUUAAAGAAAAAAUUAAAUUGUUUAAUUACAAAUCCUGGAGCAAUACCAUCUAUAAAGACACAGAAAAGGAAAAAAUCAAAUACAACAGACAACAAGUGUCUGCCACCAAUAAAAAAACACAAUUUGGGUGAAGUUGUGUCCAUUGUAGAAGCUGAUGCAUCCAAUUCUCCGACAGCAGCUAAUACUAUAUUUACAUUGAUUGAAGAUUCUCCGACAGCAGCUAAUACUAGAUCUACAUUGAUUGAAGAUUCUCCGACAGCAGCUAAUACUAUAUUUACAUUGAUUGAAGAUUCUCCGACAGCAGCUAAUACUACAUCUACAUUGAUUGAAGUGAACCGUCGAACACCUCCAAUGACUGUUCCCGAACCUCGAUAUGUUGGCGACAUUCGAACACCACAUUUAGCUACACCUCGACGAGCAAAAAGAGCUGUAGCUCUAACACGACGAGUUAUCAGUCAAUAUUCGAGGAACAUUAAAACAUUACAACAAUCACAAAACAGAUUACGUGCACGUGUAAAAAAAAUGAAAGACCUAUUAAUUGAUUUAAGUCAAAAAAAUUUAAUUUCUGAAAAUGCGUUAGACAUUUUGAUGAAUGGCAGUCCUGACAUCAUGCAUGAGAUAUUAAAGAGGAAGAAAGGAUUGAAGAAAAAGUAUUCAGAAGAGUUGAGAAAGUUUGCGUUAACUUUAAAUUUUUAUUCUUCAAAGGCCUAUGAGUACGUCAGAAAAACUUUUAAAAAUCUUUUACCCGAACGUUCCACUAUCCGUAAGUGGUACAGUGUUAUAAACGGGCGACCUGGCUUCACAGACGAGGUAUUUCACGCUUUAAAAUGUAAAGUUAAACAGAGCAAAGUGCCAAUUAUGUGUAAUCUGGUAAUUGAUGAAAUUGCAAUUCGUGAAUCAAUAGAUUAUGAUGGGAAAAGGUAUUACGGACAUGUUGAUCUCGGAAUAAAUGGAGAGAUUGAUUGUGAUGAUCCUCCACGAGCGAGGAACGCAUUGGUAUUUAUGCUUGUAGCGAUAAAUGGUCACUGGAAAGUGCCCGUUGGGAAGAAGAAGGUUUACGAGCUGCUACUAAAAUAA